UGUGUAGAUAUGCAAUUCUGCUCUUGGCAUAUAUCCGCAUCACCGCCGACUUUAUAUAUCUGACACCAUGGUCACCACCACCACUAUUUAACAGACAAGCUUUCCACACAAACACAAACAAAAAUAAAAACACAACAAAAUAAUGGCCCUUCCCUCCAUUGCAAAAGCAACCCUCCAAUCCGCCCUCAUAAACGCCGGAUCAAACGUCCUAGCCCAGGGCAUCAAAGCUUAUCGAGCUGAGGUCCCAUUCGAAUUGGACGUCCAGACAUUAUUCCAAUUCACCACGUGUGCGUUUAUUCUCUCGCCCGUGACGUUUUUAUGGCUUGAGGGGCUGGAGGCGUCGUUUCCGGGGGAGAAAAUCGUCCCCAAGGAAAACCCCAAGGACAAGGGAAACGAAAAAGAAAAGAAAGAAACAAAACUACACAUCCCCAACACAAUCGCCAAAAUCGCCAUUGACCAACUCAUUGGUGGCGCCCUAAGCACAGCUCUCUACAUAAUCACCCUCGGCACGCUCCGCGGCCAAGACUACGAUGUUAUCACAACCCAGCUCCAGAAUGACUUCUACCCCCUCAUGAUCGCGGGCUUCAAAUUAUGGCCGCUAGUCUCGAUCCUGAACUUUACCGUUAUCCCCGCUGAUAAGCGACUGUUGGUUGGGAGUUUGGUUGGGGUUGUUUGGGCGGUUUAUUUGAGUCUUUUGUCGGGAUAGCCUAGCCUUUUCCCUCCCCGGGGAAUAGGGUAUUAGUCCUUCGAAGUGGAAUGGAUAAGGUAUGUGUGGGCAGUGUGUUGGUCGGCUGAGCAUAGCAUAGCAUAGCAAUGGGGCCGUAUCGGUGCCGGGGCGGGGCGGGGCCGAAGAGUCAACCUGACACUUGCAUACGUAUGGAGGAUGAGGAUGGAUGAGUAGAGCUCUAAAUAUGCCAGACUUACUUGGAAUGGUACGAAGUGCAGAAUACGGUAUGGUAUGGUGGGGUGGCGCAGUGAACAGGAAUAGAACUCACCCUAUGGAGUAUGGAGUACAGAAUUAGUCGUGGAAUGUGAUGAUUGCAGGUACGAUUACUCCGUAGUAUAGAGUAAAUUAAGAAAAAUGCAGA